AUGAGGAGACCAAAGCGGCAGAAACUGCCCAAUACGACUCUGAAGCGAGCUGUGCUCAGCCUGCUGCCCGCCUGCUGUGCCCGCUUCCUCUGGAGCCAGCCCGACCAGCUCCGCCUCAGCAAGUUCUUCCUGGGCGCAGGCGUUGGGGGCUUCCUGGCCCUCGGCCUCUGCCAGCUACUCCUCUUCCCCAUGAGCCUCGACGAGGGUCACAAGAUCGAGCUGAUGUACGGGCUGGCAGGUGUCAGUGCCCUGGGCUGGGGCGUCUCCCCGCACUUCCGCUGCGCCAGCCUCCUGGUCGCCCCCAAGUUCCUGGGCAAGGAGGGGCGGCUCUACCUGCUCACCUAUGUCCUGGCUGCUGUCUAUGACGGCCCCAUCACCAACAUGCGCCACAACCUGGACGAGGUGAUCCGCUCCGUGGGCUGCACCGUGGAGCUGCAGAUCAACCACAGCCGGCAGAUCUGGAAGGUGUCCACAGCUCCCCUGCGUGCCGUGCUGCACGACAUGGUGAAGGGCGGACGGACCCUCAAUGCGGAGACCCGGAACGUCUCGCAGGCUUUCGCAGGGCUGAACGAGCAGGUGGCCAGUGAGGCAGGAUACGGCGUGAGGCGGCCGCGCCGGGCACAGGGGCAGCGCACCCCCAGCACACAACAGCUGUACGAGCAGAAAACCAAACUGCGCUGCAAAUACGUGAUUGACGAGGCGAUCAGGCGCUGCCAGGCCUGGUUUGACGCCAAGCACAAGGCCUGUCUGCAGCACAUUGCAGUGCCCCUCAUCAGCCACCUGCUCUGCCUGCCCAUGAAGUUCAAGUUCCUCUGCCACGUGGUACAGGUGAUGCACACCUGGUGCAGGGACAAGAUCCCCGUGGAGGGAAACUUCGGCCAAACCUACGACAAAGUGAACGGCUCCGUGGCCGGCAUCAGCCAGGACUUCAGCGCCCAGCUGGUCGUCCAGCACGAGCCCCAGGACGCGCUGAUGGGCGUGAAUGUGUCCCGGGAGCGGCUCACCGAGGAGGUGACCUCGCAUAUGCGUCAGCAGAGCGUCCGGCUGGGCCAGGCCAUCUCCGUGCUGCGUCUGCUGCUCUCCUGCACCUUCCUCUUCAUCUUCAUCUCUGCUUUCUCCUACACGAACCACUAUAACCAUGACAUCCGCUUCGACAACCUCUAUGUCACCACCUACUUCCGCCAGCUCGACGCCCGGCGCUGGAAGCAGAAGAAGCGUACAUUGUUGCCCCUGCGCCGGGCCGAGGUCUCUGGUGUGAUCUUCCCCUGCAGACUGGCCAUGCAGCCGCCCGAGCUGAAGAGUCUGAUGCUGGAGCUACUGGAGUGCGUCCCCCCGCUGCUCUUCCUGCUGCUGGCCUGGGGCCUUGACCACGUCCUCUACACCAUGUUCAGCGUCAUCCGGCACCACUCCUUUGUGCAGUACUCCUUCCACAGCAGCCACCACCUGGAGGUGCGGGUCGGGGGCCGCUCUCUGCUGGCCCGCCUGCUCCGAAGCACCAUCGGCGCCUUGAACACGUCCUCCGAGAUGGCACUGGAGUCGACUAACCUGGCCUGCCUGCCGCAGCCCCAGGCCAUGGCACAGAGCGACUACCUGGCCAGCUGCCUGCCCCUGGGGGCCCUGGUGCUGCUGUGUCUGGGCCAGGUGUAUGCCCACCGCCUGCGCCGCGUCAUUGCUGCCUUCUAUUUCCCCAAGCGGGAGAAGAAGCGGGUCCUCUUCCUGUACAACCAGCUGCUGCACGAGCGCCAGGCCUUCGUCCGGCUGCAGAGGAGACGCAUCACCCGGCAUGCCCGGCGGCACCAGGCCUUUGAGAAGCCCCUUCUGGAGCGUCUCUACCUCUGGUGCCCACUUCUGCGCCGCUGCCUGCGCCGAUACUGCGUGUUGUGCGGCUCGCCUGAGAGCCGCGCCUCCCAGCUGUGCCCGACGCCCACCUGCGGCACCAUCUACUGCCAGCCCUGCUGGAGGGACAUGGGGCAGGUCUGCUUUGCCUGCACCCCCGGCCACGCGUCCCUGUCUGGAGACAGCAGCAGCGAGGAGCAGAUGACCUACACAGACUGAGGCGUGGGGGGCCAGCGGGAGGCUCCUCCCCAGGACAGGG